AUGUCACUUCUCCCUUCCACAAGAUGCCUAAACCUUCUGAAGAAAUGCAAGAGCUUGAACCAACUGAAGCAAGCUCACGGCCAAGCAAUCGCCUGUGGCCUCGGCCACAAUUCCUUUGCUCUUAGCAGAAUUCUAGCUUUAUGCGCGGAGGUACGCCUUCAGACCGGAACCUCCACCGCCGCCGACCACGCUUGGAAGCUCUUCCAGAGCAUUCACCGCCCCACCAUUUGCAUCUGCAACACCGCGAUCAAGUGUCUUCUGCAAAAUGAUGACCUCUCCAAGAUUUUCCAAGUCUACUCCACCAUUUGGCGGAACGGCAUGUACCCGGACGAUUACACGCUUCCUUACGUGCUGAAAGCUUGUUUGAAGCUGGAAUCUCGUUUUAAUGGAGAGGCUGUUCAUGGGUCUUGCCUGAAAUUAGGGCUGGAGUGGUUUACCGUCGUGGGAAACUCGUUCAUUCUUUUCUACUCUGGGUUUGGCUGUAUGGGCGCAGCAGGCAAAGUGUUCGAUGAAAUGCCUAGCCCGUGUGUUGUGUCUUGGACGUCAAUGGUUUCUGGGUAUGCUAAAGCGGGCGAAGUUGGAAAGGCGAGAUUGUGCUUCGAUCAGGCUCCAAUCAAGGAUGGAGGUCUAUGGGGGGCCAUGAUUUCCGGGUAUGUUCAGAACAGCUGUUACAAGGAGUGCUUGUAUCUCUUCAAGCUGAUGCAAUUGGCCGAUGUUCAGCCAGACGAGGGAAUAUUUUCGAGCAUUCUCACUGCUUCUGCUCAGCUGGGAGCUUUGGACACUGGAAUGUGGAUUCACAGACAACUGACUAGAUCUGGAUUUCAACUUAGUACCCGUCUGAGCACAGCACUGGUGGAUAUGUACGUAAAAUGUGGGAACUUGGCGCUCGCCAGAAACCUGUUCGAUGAAAUUCCUGAUAGAGAUGUCGUUUGUUGGAAUGUCAUGAUUUCCGGGGUGGCGAUCCACGGAGAUGGGGAGAACGCACUGAAGCUGCUCUUGGAGAUGGAAGCAGCUGGGUUGCAGCCUGAUGACAUCACAUUCUUGACCAUUCUAGCUGCCUGCAGCCAUUCAAACAUGGCAUCUGAAGGGUUAAUGAUAUUAGACAAGAUGUGUAAUGAGUACAAACUAGAGCCCAAGAGUGAACACUUUGGAUGCAUUGUUGAUCUUCUCAGCAGAGAAGGUCUUCUUCAAGAAGCCGAACGAAUAAUCCAACGAAUGCCAUCUUCUAGCAGUUCUUCUGAAGAAGCCAUAGCAUGGAGGGCACUGCUAAAUGCUUGCUGCAGCCAAGGAGACGCACAACUGGCCGAGGUUGCUGCUGAGAGAUUGUUUAAAUUGGAAAGUCACAGUGGGGCCUACACUCUGCUCUCGAACUUGUAUUCCGCAGCUGGGAAGCACGAUGAGGCAAAGAGAGUGAGGAAGAUGAUGAGGGACCGAGGGGUGGAGAAGUCACCAGGUAGCAGCUCAAUCGAGAUUGGUGGUUCGGUUCAUGAAUUUGUUGCGGGAGAGAAAACUCAGCCAGAAUUUUCUUCUCCCACCACUUGA